AAAAAAACAAAAAAAACAAAAAAAAAAGAGUAAAGGAAGGUGCUUCUUCUGAUUUUCCUACGAUUAUAAGCUGAUACAUAUUUCCUUACCAAUAUUUACAUAGAUUUCCAAAUCUCUAUCUAUAUCUAUAUAUAUUUAUAUAAAUAUACAUAUAUAUCAUUCAUUUAAUUCGUUCCUAUCGCGUAGCAGAAGACAGGCUUUUAUUUGGAGGAAGUAAAAGAUGGAGAGUAUUCUUCUGAGAAUUCGGGUGAGAAGAGGCGUUAAUCUUGCCGUUCGUGAUACCCUUUCAAGUGACCCCUAUGUCCUCGUCACCAUGGGGGAACAGAAACUGAAGACUCGCGUGGUGAAAAACAACUGCAAUCCAGAGUGGAAUGAUGAAUUGACACUCUCCAUCACGGAUCUUGAGACCCCAAUCACUCUUACGGUGUUUGACAGAGACACACUAACUUCAGAUGACAAAAUGGGUGAUGCAGAGAUUGACAUCAAGCCCUAUAUAGAAUGCCUUAAAAUGGGGCUGGAAAACCGCCCAGAUGGCAGUGUGGUCAAGCGGAUUCAGCCGAGCCACGAGAAUUGCCUCUCCGAUGAGAGCAGUUGUGUUUGGACCAAUGGAAAAAUUGUUCAGGACAUGUGUCUCAGGUUGCGAAACGUCGAGUGCGGCAAAAUCGUCGUUCAAAUCGAGUGGAUCAAUUUUCCAGGUUGUAAAGGCUUAAUAGGAGAUGAAGCUAAAAAUGGUUCAUUAGAUGUUGAAGCUUCAAAGGGUCUGUUGGGAGUUGAAGGUAAAAGAGGUCUAUUUGGAGUUGAAGCUGCAAAUUAAUUAGUAUUUCUUCUCCUGUAAUGUAUGUAUUUGGUUUCAAGUUUUUGUGUCUUAUGCUUGAAAUAGUGUGUUUGUUUCGAGCUUUGUGUCUUGUGCUUGAAAUAAUGUUGUAUUUAUCUACGUUACAAGCUUAGUGUCUUGGUUAAGAUUGUCAUAGUGGCAUAUCUUCUGUAAGUUUUGUUUCCGAAAAAUUUGUGUUAUCCUGUAUAAAGUACUUGAAAUGGAUAAUGUAUUAGAAAACUAUCUAAACGACCAGUGCAAAUAUA